UAGAUAGAAAUCUAUCAAAAAUCAAUUUCAUUAUUGCGCAUUAAAAAGAAGGUUACAUCGAUUUUCUGCAAGUUUUUAUAAUAUUCUAAAGUAACAUACCAUAUCUUGGUCAUACAUACAUACAUACUUCAUUCAUUCAUUUCAAUUCCAACAAUGGCUAAGGGUGCGCGCUCAAGUUCCAUCAAAGCAAAUAAUUCCGCCUUGAAAGCCAAAGUAUUUGGUCCGGUCGAAAAUGCAAGAGCUGAGAGGUUGAAUGCGAAACUUAUGGAAUUGAUUUCUCAGCCAAAGCCAUCAGCGAAGACUGAAGAUGUUGAUAUGGAAGGGAAGGAAGCAAAGGACGUAGAGGGUAUGGAAUGGAUCCUUUUUUUGACGGAAACUGUUCUCUAAUAAUCUAUUCAGCAUCUGCAAAAGAUACUACGAACGAUGCCGCCGCAGCUCAAGAAAAGCCAUCCGAAAGUAAUAAAAAAUUUCAUAUCUCUAGCGCUUACUCGAAUCUUUCUUUAACUGACAUAUGAAACUGCAGAAAUGGAGGUAGAUGCUAUUAGCAAGGUCGGCUCAAAGUCAAAGAACCGUAUUUCCAAGAGAAAAGUUAGCAGUCGCAAAUCGCAAAUGACUUUCACUACAUAUAAGAAUGGGAAGAAGGUAGGAGGAGGUAGAAAGCAAAAGAUCUAUUGAGGAGAAUGGGAUGUUGCAGGUCAAAAAUAGAUGGUAAUUUAUAGGCGCAUCGGACAAUCUGGUUUUGGGGGCAUGGAGUUCAUGGUGAGGGUUAGGUUAAACCCUCUGACAUACAAAAAUGAGGAGUAGUUUAAAGGACUUCGAACUUCAAGAGAAUAUACCUACCAAGAAUUUAACAGCUGUAGGCUUUCCGCCGACCUCGAAUUAGAAAAGAAAGACCUUUGACCUUUCCCCUCAAAUAU